UCCAUCAAAUUUCAUUAUAGUCUCCGUGAGAUCAUAAUGUGUGAAAUAUGACGGCGCGUCAGGUGGAAUAGCGUGAUCGAUGAUUGCACAAUUGAGACCUGUUGAUCGCACACGAGGGCCUUUCUUGACGAGUUUAUUUUUCCAAUCAGGCGUUCACAAAAUCAGUAUUCUUACAGGCUGCAAAAAUAUAUCGGACAUCAAGGUCAACGCAAAAUGGCCGACGUCUUUUUCGAGUAAAAAGGUUUGCUAGUGUCAUGACCGGAUUGGUAUUGCUGGCUACUGACGAGAUUAUCAAUCAUGGCCGCCGCGUGUAGGGUGUCAGUCGCCUGGAUCAACUUAACGGGAAACAUCAAAUAUUGAUUGGACAUUUAUUCUGAUUAAACCAAAUACACACGCGCGCGCGCGUGUGACUUAACAUCGCCCUCAUGUGGAACAAGGUAGCACAGCAGGUGAAGAGGAAAUCCAACAUGGCGGCGGCUGAGGUCGCUUUCCGCCUCACGGCCGGUAAGCGGUCAGGGACUCGGAACAACGCCAAACAGGCCCUAUCCAUAGAUGAGCGGUUUUACCUCGCCGCGGUGGAGAAGGGAGACCUGGUCGCCGUACAGAGGAUCUUAAAGAACAAAGACAAAGCAGGACAGAAAGUGAACAUCCACUGUGUGGACCAGCUGGGGAGAAGUGCUCUGCUGAUCGCCAUAGAACACGACCUUUCUGACAUCACCAAACUGCUGCUCAGACAUGACAUCUACGUGGGUGACGCGUUACUGUUCGCGGUGAACGAGGAGGCUGCCUGGGCGGUGGAGUUACUACUGGAUCACAGACCGAUGCAUAAGGCCAGCAUGAUGGACGUCGUUGAGAGUGUGUGCUAUUCAAAUUUCGCGCCACCUGACGUCAGUCCCGUCAUGCUCGCCGCACAUAGGGACAACUACGAUAUCAUCAAGAUCCUAGUCAAGAGAGGUGCGUACCUGCCGUCCCCCCACACAGUAGGGUGCGACUGUGUGUACUGUACCUCCUCUAGUGAGCGGGACAGCCUCCGUCACUCCCGCCGCCGCCUCAACAUAUACAGAGCACUCGCCAGCCCUUCGCUGAUGGCUCUGACCGAGGAAGACCCCAUCCACAAGGCCUGGAUUCUCAGCAACGAGCUCAAGCGACUCAGCUUUGUUGAGGUCGAGUUCAAAAGUGACUACGAGAAGCUGUCCGCACAGUGCAAGAAGUUUUCCACGGAUCUGCUAGACGAGGUACGGGAUUCUAAGGAGCUUCUUGCUGUGCUGAACGCGCACAACCCGAACCACCCCGAGCCGGUGAAGGAGAAGGGCGGAGUAGGGAUGAGUCUGGCCCGCCUGAAACUCGCAGUGGAGUAUGGCCAGAAGGAGUUUGUGGCCCGACCGAGCUGCCAGCAGCUGCUGAACCGGGUAUGGUACAGCGGCGUGCCUCGGUUCCGCACACUCCCUCUGGCCGGGAAGCUCCUGGUGGCGCUCGGUAUCAGUCUCAUCUGGCCGCUCCUGUCCGUGGCGUACCUGGUUGCACCGCGCAGCGGGCUGGGCUCCAUCAUCAGAUCCCCGGCCAUCAAGUUCAUCAGUCACAGCGCCUCCUACAUCAUUUUCCUCCUCCUGCUGUACAUCUCCACGUACGAUGACUUCUCAGCCAUCUCACUGAGGAAGUACUCCGGGCCUCCGUUGACUACGCCUGAGUAUAUCAUCAUGGUCUGGGUACUGGGAAUGGUGUGGGCCGAAGUGAAGCAGUUGUGGAGAGAUGGAGUGAGAGAGUUCGUGUCGGAAAGUCGGAACUGGAUGAGCUACAUCAUGAACUUUCUCUACAUCGUCAGCUUCACGCUCAAGAUAGUAGCACACCUGAAGUUUGAGGACGAGGACGCGUGCCGCAGCCAGUGGGGCCGGUACCACCCGAACCUGGUGGCGGAGGCUCUGUUUGCCGUGGCGAACAUCUUUAGUUUCCUCCGCCUGACUUUCCUGUACACCGCUAGCCCGGUGGUGGGCCCUCUGCAGAUUUCCGUCGGAAGGAUGUUGCCAAACAUCUUCCUGUACCUGGCCUUGUUCGGAUUGGUCCUGUUGUCCUUUACCAUCGGACUGCAACAACUCUACUGGGUCUACAACGAAGUCCCUCGAGAGCACAUCCCCACAAACAUAGUGGCCUCUCCCCCUACGCCUCAGAUCCUCAUUAACAUAUCAAAGGAGUACGCCGAGGCCAACGGCACCUGCAGCAUCGAGUUGGCCACCUACAGCGCACCUGGCAUAGAGCUGCCGAACAACAGUUACACCUGCCAGGGCGUGCAGUGCCCUAAUCACAAUAACGUCUUUUCCAGUGUGCACGAGGCGGUCCUGACGCUGUUCUGGUACCAGUUCAGCAUGGCGCAUGUGCAGAUCUACUCCAGUAACACGGGUGUGCAGAAACAUGACAUGUACACGGGGUUCCUGGGAGCCGUCAUGGUCGGCUGUUAUAACAUCAUAGUGGUCAUCGUGCUGACCAAGCUGCUCAACGCCAUGCUGCAGCGGUCCAUCUGUAUCACACUGGAACAUGAGGAUACAGAGUGGAAGUACGCUCACACCAAGUUGUGGAUGAGUUAUUUCGAAGACUCGGCGACCCUUCCACCCCCUCUGAACCUCGUACCGAGCCCGAAGUCCUGUUACUACUGUCUGGCCUGGAUCAGCUCCAAACUACGGAACCUGUGCGGCAGAAAACUCAAGCAGUUCUCGGUAGAGUCUGGGGACAACGAGACCAACCAAUCAAGACGCAGCAGAUCCGAGAAUAAGAUUCCUUCAGAUUACCGGGAGGUGAUGCGGAAGCUGGUGCAGCGAUGGUUGACCCAUCGCCGGAGGAAAGACCGUCAGUCGAAGGAGGCCCUAGUGGAGAGAUUUAACGAGCUGAAACAGGAACUAGCCAACUUCAGGAAGGAGCUGCGCGAACUGCUUAAGAAACGGAUGAUGAAGAUCGAGACCAAGAAGCUGUCAGCCAACCUGACCACGCCCUUGGGCAGUGCCAGCCUGAACUACGAGCGAACAACACGGGAGUUCUUUAUCUAGUAUGGACGAAUCGCAUCGCAAGACUCACAUCUACUCUAUAGAUGUAAGGCCCUAGCCUUUAAUAGGCUCCGUGUAUCAGUGGUCUAAUUGUAGA